CCAGGGCUCCCUACUGCUGUGUAGUUAAUCGGUUACAGUAUGGAAGGCAGUGGCACUGGAUGGACUGGAGGUCUGCUGCCCUCUGUAGGCGAAGAGGCAACUAAGGAGCACUCAGUCUUUGAGGUGGCUGUCCAGAACGGCUUGGCCAACCACAGCUCCCUGUUUGCAGACGUGGUUCUGCUGCAGAGCUUCAAGCUGCUCAUCAUCCCAUGCUACGCCCUGGUGGUGGUGGUGGGUGUUUUGGGGAACUACUUGCUGCUCUACGUCAUCUGCCGCACCCGCAAGAUGCACAAUGUCUCCAACUUCUUCAUCGGGAAUCUGGCCUUCUCAGACAUGCUGAUGUGUGUGACCUGUGUACCAUUCACCCUGGCCUAUGCCUUCAACCCCCGUGGCUGGGUGUUUGGAAGGUUUAUGUGCUACCUGGUGUUCCUGAUCCAGCCAGUCACAGUUUACGUGUCUGUCUUCACCCUCACCGCCAUUGCUGUCGACAGGUACUAUGCCACUGUGCAUCCUCUGAAGAAGCGCACCUCGGUGGCCACCUGUGCCUAUGUGCUGUCAGGGAUCUGGCUGCUGUCCUGUGGUUUGGUGGCUCCAGCUGUGGCCCACACCUACCAUGUGGAAUUCAGAGAGGAGGGCCUCACCAUCUGUGAGGAGUUCUGGCUGGGGCAGGAGAAGGAGAGGCUAGCCUACGCCUACAGCACCUUGCUGGUUACCUACGUCCUGCCACUCUCUGCCGUCUGUGUCUCCUACCUCUGCAUCUCUGUCAAGCUGAGGAACUGUGUGGCACCGGGACAUCGGACCCGGGACCAGGCAGAGGCACAGCGAGCCCGGAAGCGGAAGAUCUUCCGUCUGGUUGCGCUGGUUGUGGCGGCCUUUGGGGUGUGCUGGCUGCCCAUUCACGUGUUCAACAUACUGCGUGACAUCGACAUCCGCCUCAUCAACAAGCGCCACUUCCUGCUCAUCCAACUAAUGUGCCAUCUGUGUGCCAUGAGCUCAUCCUGUUGUAACCCCUUCCUGUACGCCUGGCUGCACGACCGUUUCCGCGCCGAACUGAGGAAGAUGUUCACCUGCCACCGUCGCAUCGGCAUCCCUGCCAACCACUGUGCGACAGCCAGCGUGGCCCUGUGACUGUGCAGGGACAAGGAGAGAGAAGAGACAGAAGAUCUCUGAUACCAGUGUAAACAUGUUAUAGGUCCAAUUUUCUGAUUAUUUACUAUUGACUUAAUGUGGAUAUGACAAGAGUUAUUUGUGAAUUACAGCUGAUAACAGAGAUAUUAGGUGGUUCCCUAGUAAUUUUCGAUGAACAAAUCAAUUGAACAUGCAUGAGGCGAUUGCCUGGAAAGAAUGAAUGAACUGAUUGAAUGCCAAUAAUAUGAAGGUAACACAAGAGAGAAAAAAGCAAGAGAAAGAAUAAAGGGAGAGGGAAGGAGAGGGAGAAAGAGGAGGCGAGGUGACAGUACCACCAAACAAAUGUUAUUUGGAAGGCCAUUAUGCACAGCCACAGUCAAUGUUUAACACCAGGAUACAUCAGCAAGCAGGAGAUUCAUCUGCCAAAAAUUUGAGGUUUGGUAGAUAAUUUCAAGGCAGCUAAGCACUGUUCACACAAUUGUUGCUUCUACAUACGCGAUAUCCCCCAUAACUCCAGGUGGACAGUUGUCUGCUGAGGUUAGAGGGUAGAAGUUGUCCCACCUAGCUAUCGUAAGAUUAAUGCACUAACUGUAGGUCGCUCUGGAUGAGAGCGUCUGCGAAAUGACUAAAAUGUCAAUGUAAAUAGUCAAUGCAGGUUUGGUCCCCAGAUUGGUGUUUGGCAGUGGAUGACAUGCUUAGUGACAUGAAUACAGAUAUAAUCUCGGUCUCCACUCUGUGAAUAAACAUGCUUAAUAAAACAGUAGGUGGUGUUUGUUCCCCCAUGGUUACAUCCCUAUUUUUAUUGCAGUUUUAUCAGUCUGUUACCCAUCUUUGUCUCUGGGGAACGUACACCGCUUCUGAAAAUAGUCAUUUAGAAUUGUUUGCUACCCGAGUGGCGCAGCGGUCAAAGGCACUGUAUCGCGGUAUUGCGGCAUCACUACUGCCAGGGUUAUAUCCCAGGCUGUGUCACAAUCGGUCGUGACCGCCUGCAGGCUGACUUCGGUUGUCAGUUGAACGGUGUUUCCUCCGACACAUUGGUGCAACUGGCUUCCGGGUUAAGCGAGCGGGUGUUUAGAAGCGCGGUUUUGGCGGGUCAUGUUUCGGAGGACGUAUGACUCGACCUUUGCCUCCCCCUAGCCCGUUGUGGAGUUGCAUAUCACGAAAAAGGGUAUAAAAUUUGAAAAAACUCAAAUGUAAUUAGGUGUUUGUUAGGCAUUUGCUGAGGUCAUGCUUCCCACCUCAUGCUUGCAUUAAUGACUGCAUUAUAGUUUAACUGAGGUGUUGAUUCUUAUUGGUUUUUUAGACCAACCACAAAAAACCUUCCCCACUUUCAAUACAUUUAGUGAAAUGUCAUGGUGCCUAAUAAAUGGCCUUCUGUGGUUUGUGUCAUGCCAUAUAAAAUGUCUGUCCUUAAGUGAUUGCAUGCAAUUAUGUGUAAAAUUCUGAAUAAACAAACACUGAGAAUUGGCCAAUUGCUGAUUGAAAAAAAAGCUAAUAAGCUUAAUGUAUUACAGAUGGCAAAUGUCUUAAAUCAUUAAAAACUGAA